UCUAGGCGGCAGCGAUUCGUCGAUUAUGACGAAUCUCAAGGCAUGGACCUCUGCUCUUACUCUAUGCCUGAACUGACAGCCUACAAAAAUGGCGAGUUCGGUCGAGGAAGAAAGUUUACUUGAUUUAAACAAUGAAGAAGAAUCCCAAUUUUAUCACGUCACUUGUAAUUGGGUGGACAUUACAAAUGAAUUUUUCGAGGCUAUCACAGGACUGGAAUUGGGUGAAUUAUUACACGAUGAACUAUUUGGAUUAUUUGAAGCCAUGUCUGCGAUCGAGAUGAUGGAUCCCAAAAUGGAUGCAGGGAUGCUUUGUAAUCGGGGAAAUAAUAAGCCAUAUACAUUUACCCAAGCUGUAGAUUCUGGUGCUAUCAAGUUGGACAAUUUAACUCCUUCCGAGAUAAUAGGAAUCAUAGAUUCAACGUAUUCCUGUAUAGUAUCGUGGUUGGAAGGGCAUAGCUUAGCGCAAACAGUUUUUACAAACUUAUAUCUGCACCAGCCAGGACAGAUAUUAGACAAAACUCUAAAAACGUUUUGCUAUGCUGUUUACAAAAUAAUUGAGAUUAUUAAAGAUUGUAUUAAUAAAGCAUCAGUUUUUGAGGAAGAGGAUUUCCAAAGUGUUACUUAUGGGUAUCGAUUGCAACAAGAUAUUACUGAACAAAAAACUGUUUCUAUGUUGAGAGAGGUGGAAGAAGAAUUACAUAGAAAAAGUCGAAUAAAACCGGUCGACGACGAAACCGAAAGAGAGUACAAUGAUGGACUAGCGUUAUAUGCAAGGAUAAGAUUUACAAAAAUGUUUUAUCAAACAUUAUCUUUAAUGGGAAGGAAAGAACAGGUGCAACAGAAUUUGGCGGAUUGGCAGAGACUGCUUUCAAAUUGCAUCGACAUGAUCCAAGUCAUGAUUAAGACUAUUCAUCGAGGUGCCAAAGCUGAUGAAAUAUCUAAUCAUCCAAAUGUCAUGGGAUUUGAUCCAAUGGUGAAUCAGAGGUUAUUACCACCAACCUUUCCAAGGUAUACUAAAAUAAAGCCAAGGAUUGAAGCUUUAGAAUAUUUGGAAGAGUUGCUAAAUCGUUUUAAAACAGUCAUCAAAAUUACUGGAUAUUCAAGUUUUCAUGCAGCACUGGAUUUUUUCUUAGAAUUCUCUCGUCAAAGCCCUUGUAUACUAUCUAGGUCUAUGCUGCAAAUAGUAUACUUGCCGACAACUAACCGCGUAUUUGGUACACAAAAUUUUGCCGAUGUUCUAAGGGAUGCAGCGAGAAAUUUCAUUGCACCACCUUCUUUGAUGCCAAAAAGUACUUUACUUCAAAAUCAUCAAGCCAAGGAGUACGUUGAUAAUUUUUUGAGUCAUUGUGUCAGUAUAUUUGGCAGUUUAUUACAACUUACUGGGCAUAACCGAGCAAGGCAAAGAGACAAAUUAGCUCACUUGUUGGAGGAGUUUGCUGCAUUGCAGGAUGAGGCAGAACGAGUGGACGGAUACUUACAUACAUUAUCUUUAAAAUCUGAUGCACCGAGAUCUCAUCUAGUUUGUUUUGGAACAUGGAUAUUAUAUCACACUCUACGUGUUAUGGUUCUAUAUUUGUUAAGUGGUUUUGAACUGGAGUUGUACUCGGUUCAUGAAUAUCAUUAUAUAUUUUGGUAUCUGUAUGAAUUCUUGUAUGGCUGGCUGGUAUCAGCUAUUACAAGAGCUGAUUCCUUUUUGAUAGAACAAGAUAUUCAUAAUGAUGCGCAUAAAGGGAGAGGCGGUAAAAAGAGCGCAAAAAAUAAGAAAAAGAAAUCAGCAUCGAGACCGUAUAAUGCAGAAAUAUUACGAUAUCAAGCUAUGCAGAACAUCUGUGGCGGUUAUUAUAAAGCUCUAAUUGGUUUUUGUAUGGAUAAAAAAAUACCCUUCCCUGAAACUCAAUUUGACUCUGAACGAGUGAGGUACGAACACAGGCUAUUGCCAUUCUUUUCUCUUCCAACGCCUCCCCCAGUUCCGUACCAUGAAUUUAAGGACAUGACGAAUAAUCAAAUGCAUAAAAGAAAUGAGAAAGUUGCAAGUGAAAUGCAAUAUUUAGCAGGUUGUCGUCAUUUUCAUCAAGCAAGAAAUAUGUUAGAGCGUGCAUUGUCACAUUACCCACCAAAUUCAAAUACCGUCAAUGAGAUUAACGAUUUAUUAAAAGUUUCAAAGACUAAUUUUAUUGUUUUAAAGCUCUUAGCUGGCGGACAUAAGAAAGAAUCCAAAGAACCACCGGUGUUCGACUUUUCAUGCCAUCAACAUUUCCCAUUAAUAAAAUUGACAUAAACUUUCUAGUCUUUAAUAGCUUAUCUUUUGCAAAGCGAUUGGUAUAUUAUUUAUUUUGGUGUAAAUCUUGCGUCAAAUAAUUUCAAUUGUUCAAGAGUACACGUUCUGGAAUAGUAAAAGAAGAAUAUGAUUUCCAGCGUUCGUAAAGUUUUCUUUUUUUUUUUACUUAAGCAAGUGACUAUUAAAUAGACGCAAAUAAUAUGUUGGUCGUAAUUUUUGUACAGUUUCGAAAUGAGUCCGUUAUGGAAUUUUUUCGCGAUAUGAAGAACAAAUUUUGUUUCUAUAUUUUAACAACGAAGCUUGUUCUAUAGAUGGGCUUAUGCGUUUUAUUAUCUUGCUAAACAUGUGAGCACACGUACGAAAUCUGCACAUCCUAGAAUAUAUAAAGAUAAUCUCGUUCCAAACAUAAUGUAAAUUAAACCCCGACGGGCGUGAUGUUAUACUAAAAAAUUUGUGGAAGUUAGUGUGUUAGCAUACGUUGUUACAAAUGGCACAUUUUCUGAGACUCGCGAAGAGAUCUCACAAUGUACGCAGUUGUUGCAUUGUGUAUUUUCCAGAUGUAAAAUAAAUCUCGGAUAAGUUCUCGAAAACGAUAA